AUGGAAAGGGAAAGUGGUUAUCAUGGAACUGAGGGUGAAGCCACUUAUGUUCCUGUUGAGGCUGAAGUAGAACAACCUAUGCAGGGUGGUAUGAGAAGAGAACAGGAGUGCUUAACUGGUAUGCAGAAAAUGGAAAAGGCUAUAAUAGACUUGGCAGAACAAAACAAACUAUUUAUGGCGAGUCAAAUGAUGAUACAAGAAAGGCUGGAAAGACAACAGAAAUGGAAGAAAGGCUCUGAGUAUGAGAGGUUUAUCAAGUUAACACCCCCAGAAUUUUCAGGUACUACCAAACCAGAAGAAGCAGAGGGGUGGGUAAGAAGAAUGGAAUCGAUAUUUGCAGUGAUGGGUGCAGCAGAAGACCAGAAGGUAAACUUAGCUACAUUUAUGUUCAAAAAUGAAGCUAGUUAUUGGUGGGACACGACAAAACAUUUGUUGCUCACUCCAGGAGAGAAAGAGGUGAUAUUCUGGAAUCCAUUUGUUAAAGCUUUUUAUGAGAAAUAUUUCCCCCCAAUUUACAGAAAAGAGAAGGAACGGGAGUUUAUUCUCCUAAAACAAGAUAGAAUGUCUGUGGUUGACUAUGAAGUUAAGUUUACAGCUUUAUCGAGGUUCGCACCCAAGUUUGUACAGAAUGAAGAAGAUAAAUGUACAAAAUUCCAGGAUGGUUUAGAGGCGGCUAUUAAGUCUAGAGUUUCAGUGUUUGAGGAAACAGAUUACAACAGACUUGUGAAUAAAGCCAUGAUUGCCGAAAGGGAUGUGAAAGAAUUGCAAGAAAGAAGGGAACAAUACAAAAGAAAUAGAUCUGAGCCGUCACAGUCAAGAGGAGGUGAAGGAAUUGCAAGUCAGAAAAGUCAAAGGUCGCGGUAUGGAAGGGGAAGGGGUGGUGAAUCUCAAGGCCAGACAUCAAGUAUUGGAAGAGGUCAAGGGUUUUCCGAACAACAAUCUGUUCAACAAGGUAGUUUUGGAGGACGUGGUACUGGCAGGGGGUGUUUUCAGUGCGGAAAGGAAGGUCACCAGAAGAAGGAUUGUCCUAUCUUGAAAGCAGAAGAGUGCUAUCAUUGCCAUCAACCGGGUCAUCGGAGGAGAGAUUGUCCUAUGUUGACAGGAAUGACCUCAGUGGGCAGUGUUGCUGGUUCUGGUAGAGGUUUUGCACAGGGGAACUCGUCAAGAGGAGGUAAGGGUGUUACAAGUGGUUCGCAAGCCCAGGGAAGAGUGUUUGCUAUGACACUUCAGGAUGCUCAAGCAACACCAGAAGUGGUGACAGGUACACUUUCUAUUUUGGAUAGAAAUGUUACUGUGCUUAUUGAUCCUGGCUCAACCCAUUCAUUUGUUGCAUCAUCUAUUGCUAUGCAUUUGGGUAGACCAUUUUCAUCAUUAGAUAGUAAAUUAUUUUGA